GGAACGGGCCGCGAGGUUGGGGGCGGAGGGGCUGGGAUUCGGGCGCUUUAUCUGCCUCCGCGGCCGGGCUGGCUGUGUCUCUGGCCCUGGGUCGCGGGGUCCAGAGCUUCCUGGCACCCACCUGCCCUCGGCCGCGCUGUGACGGCUUCCUGGUCCUGCUGGCUCUGCUGAGGUCCCCGCAGCCGGUCUCGAGCCCCAGACAACACAAUGAUGGGUGAAGAGGAGAUAUCUCUGAGAAAGCGCCUAUCAAAGUCCAGUGAAAAUGUCGAGGAAGAGGAAGACCAGAGAAACCCUGCAAAGGAGUCCCUAGAGACACUUAGAAAUGGUGGAAUUGACAUGAAACAGUUGAUAGCAAAGAAGAUACAGUUGACAGCAGAGGCUGAGGAAUUGAAGCCAUUUUUCAUGAAAGAAGUUGGCAGUCACUUUGAUGAUUUUGUGACCAAUCUCAUUGAAAAAUCAGCAUCAUUAGACAACGGCGGGUGUUCUCUCACAACCUUUUCUGUUCUUGAAAGAGAGAAAACCAACUAUAGAGCUAAAGACCUAAGGGCAUCUCCAGAACAAGGAAAGAUUUUUGUGGCAAGACGAUCUCUCUUAGAUGAGUUGUUUGAAGUGGACCACAUCAGAACGAUAUAUCACAUGUUUAUUGCCCUCCUCAUCCUGUUUAUCCUCAGCACACUUGUGGUCGAUUACAUUGAUGAAGGAAGGCUGGUGCUGGAGUUCAGUCUCCUGUCUUAUGCUUUUGGCAAAUUUCCUAUUGUUGUUUGGACCUGGUGGGCCAUGUUCCUGUCUACGCUUGGAAUUCCCUAUUUCCUAUUUCAACGUUGGGCUAAUGACUACACCAGCAGUUCUCACCCAGUGAUGCAUUCUCUCUUCUAUGGCUUCCUUUUCAUGGUUUUCCAGAUUGGAGGUCUAGGUUUUGUACCAACCUAUGUUGUCUUAGCAUAUACACUUCCUCCAGCCUCCCGGUUCAUUGUUAUACUUGAACAGAUUCGUUUGAUAAUGAAGGCCCACUCAUUUGUCAGAGAGAAUGUGCCUCGAGUCCUAAAUUCAGCAAAGGAGAAAUCAAGUACUAUUCCAAUACCCACAGUCAACCAGUACUUGUACUUCUUGUUCGCCCCUACCCUUAUCUACCGGGACAGCUAUCCCAGGACUCCCACUGUAAGAUGGGGAUAUGUUGCUAUGCAGUUUGCACAGGUUUUUGGUUGCCUUUUUUAUGUGUACUACAUCUUUGAAAGACUCUGUGCUCCCUUGUUCCGGAAUAUUAAACAGGAGCCCUUCAGUGCUCGCGUUCUGGUCCUAUGUGUAUUUAACUCCAUCUUGCCAGGUGUGCUAAUGAUGUUACUGUCAUUUUUUGCCUUUUUGCACUGCUGGCUCAAUGCCUUUGCUGAGAUGUUGCGCUUUGGCGACAGGAUGUUUUAUAAGGAUUGGUGGAACUCCACGUCAUACUCCAAUUAUUACAGGACCUGGAAUGUGGUGGUCCAUGACUGGCUAUAUUAUUAUGCUUACAAGGACUUUCUCUGGUUUUUCUCGAAAAGAUUCAAGUCUGCUGCCAUGCUGGCUGUCUUUGCCGUGUCUGCCGUGGUGCACGAGUAUGCCCUCGCUGUCUGCUUGAGCUUUUUCUACCCAGUGCUCUUCGUGCUCUUCAUGUUCUUUGGAAUGGCUUUCAACUUCCUUGUCAAUGAUAGUCGGAAAAGACCAAUUUGGAAUGUUCUGAUGUGGACGUCCCUUUUCUUGGGCCAGGGAGUCAUUCUGUGCUUUUAUUCUCAAGAGUGGUAUGCACGUCAGCACUGUCCUCUGAAAAAUCCCACAUUUCUGGAUUAUGUUCGGCCACGUUCCUGGACUUGUCGUUACGUGUUUUAGAAGCUUAGACUCUGUUUCCGUCCUUGUGUCUGAAGAUUGAGUACUCUGCCUGACUUGGGGCCAGCUGUUACUGAAGUCACACCCGGGUUAUUUGGAGCACUCCAAGGUUUACAGACGGCUUAUUCCAUUCCUAGGUCACCUGAAGCUGACCUGUUGGAAGUUCAUCGGAGGCUUGUACAAUAAA